CGCGAAAGCGAAAUAAGUUCGAGAUGUUUUGGUUAAUAUUAUUAUUUUUUAUCUUCACAAAAGUAAGUUACAGUGCAGAUCACUACACUUUCAAAAAUUGCUCAAGAGUGGAUUUUUGCAAUACCCUGAGGAACCGAGUACCGUCAGAUGACUACACUCUAGAUGCCACCAGUAUAACCCUUUCUUCAGAUAAUAAAACACUAACGGCUCGUUUGAAAUCUAGUGAUAAUAGAUCUGACUUAAAUCUUACUCUAAAUGGUCUACAACAAAACACAUUCAGGCUAAAAAUAACCGAAGUUGACUCUUCUAGAUACGAAUUACAAGAUGUUCUUGAUGGAGUACCAACACCUCUGAGUUUUGGCACCAUCGAAACUGGAGCAAACUCAGUGACAAUAACCACAUCUGACUCAAAUUUCGUCAUUCUAAACUAUUCACCUUUUAACAUCGAGUUCAUUAAAAACGGAGUCACUGAAAUUAUCUUUAACGGAAAUCAGUUAUCACUAGAAAUUAAUAAUGCAACUUCACCUUUUACGUUUGGUGUCACAUUUCCACAAGCAGUGCAACUUUAUGGUCUCCACGAACACUGCGAGACUUUAGCACUAAAAAAUACGUCACUAAAUGGUACCGAUCCUUACCGUCUAAAGAAUUCAGAUGUUGGGUACUACGAAAUCGAGUCGCCGAUGGCUUUAUAUGGUGCGGUACCAGUUCUCUACGGACACGGUAUUAAUGCUACAGAGGGCGUUUUUUUGCACAACGCAGCCGAACAGUGGAUUGAAACCACCAAUAAUCCACUUGGUAGUAGUCACGCUUAUUUCAUCGUUGAAACUGGUACUUUAGACCUCUUCGUACUACUUGGGCCAACACCAAAAGAGGUUGUUCGACAAUACACAGCUCUCACUGGUAGAGCACCCGUGCCUCCAUUGUGGUCUUUAGGUUAUCACCAGUCAAGAUAUAGUUAUGAAUCUCAAGAUAUCGUCGCUAAUAUUAGUUCCAAUUUUGAUGACAAUAAUUUCCAGUUGGAUGCGAUUUGGUUAGAUAUUGACUACACUGACGGGUUUAAGUACUUCACGUGGAACUACACCACGUUCAGUGAUCCUGUUAGUCUACAACGGAUUCUAGCUAGUACUAACAAGAAACUAGUGACCAUUAUAGACCCACAUAUUAAAGUAGAAAAGGGCUACAGUGUGUAUGAUCGAGCUUUGGCGAACGAUUUUUUCGUCAAAAACCCCAAUGGGUCUGUGUUUCAAGGACCAUGCUGGCCCGGUACUAGCAGCUACAUCGACUUUUUAAAUCCAGCGGCCCGAAAUUACUACUCUAGCUUGUACUCUUAUGAUAAUUUUCCCAAUUCAACAUCCACCAUCAGCGGGAUUUGGAACGAUAUGAAUGAACCUUCAGUGUUUGAUAAUUCGCUUGAAAUGACCCUCCCUGGUGAUAGUCGUCACAACGGAAACGUAAAACACCGCGAAAUACACAAUAUCUACGGUUAUCUUCAAACCAUGGCCACGUAUCACGGUUUGUUAGAUCGCGAUAACCAUCAACGCAGACCUUUCAUUCUUACGCGUUCUCAUUUCGCUGGUUCACAAAGGUAUGCUGCCCAUUGGACUGGAGAUAAUCAAGCAGAUUGGUCGUACCUUCAUGCAGCUUUCCAGGGAUGUUUGACUGCUAAUAUCUUGGGUUUGGUGUUCUGUGGUGCUGAUGUUGGUGGCUUCUUCAACAAUCCUAGCAACGAACUAAUGGAAAGGUGGUACCAAGCUGGUGCUUGGCUUCCAUUUUUCAGAGCUCAUUCAAGUAAAGACACCAAGAGACGUGAACCGUAUUUGUUGCCUGAAGAGUCGCAGACUGUGAUACGGGAAGCAAUUCAGACUAGGUACAAGCAUCUACCAGUUUGGUACACCCUGUUUUACGAACAUAGGCGUACCGGAGAUCCGAUUAUUAGGCCCUUGUUCUAUCAGUACCCUGAGGAGAGGGCAGCGUAUAAGAUUGAUAAUCAGGUUUUAGUGGGUACUGAUAUCUUGGUCCGGGCAGUGUAUGGAACUAAUGUUACAGAAGUAGAUGUGUAUUUUCCUGCUGGUGAAAAUGAAGUAUGGGUUUCUGCUACUAGUGACGAUGUUCGAGCAGGAACUGGUCUAACUACCAUUGCUGUUGUCAGAGAAUAUUCGCCGAUAUAUUACAAAAGAGGUGCUAUAAUUACCAGAAAAGAUACAAUAAGGUCAAAUACGGUUGAAAUGGAAAAAGAUUGUCAUACCCUUUACUACACUGCUAACGAAGAUGGUACUGCCCAUGGUACUAUCUAUCUAGAUGACGGGAUUAGUUUUAAAUACCGAGACCAGUCUGAUUUCAAAUACAUAAGUAUCGAUAUUGAUAGCACCCACAUUUCUUUCACGUACAUUUUAGUUAUAAAUAUAACAAAAUUUCUAAUUUUGACAUUUUCCAGGACCCUUGAUGGAAGUGGUGAUUAUGAGUUUGUUGUAGAAAAGAUUGUACGCCGAGAUAUUGUAAGCCUUCCCAAGAAUGGCACUCCAGGAUCUUAUAAGGAAACUAUAUUGACCAGAGAUGCUGAUGGCGAACUUCUAAAAAACAUUAAAACUACAGUUAUCAAACUAAAAUAAGUUUAUUGUGAAAUAUUGAUAUGAUCUUCAUGCUAAUUUAAUUGUAACAAUAUCAUUAAACUUGAAUUUCAAAUUUUUAA